CUCUCUCUCUCUCUCUCUCUCUCUCUCUCUCUCUCUCUCUCUCUCUCUCUCUCUCUCUCUCUCUCUCUCUGUCUCUCUCUCUCUCUCUCUCUCUCUCUCUCUCUCUCUCUCUGUCUCUCUCUCUCUCUGUAUCUCUCUCUCUCUGUAUCUCUCUCUCUCUGUCUCUCUCUCUCUCUCUCUCUCUCUGUCUCUCUCUCUCUCUGUAUCUCUCUCUCUCUCUCUCUCUCUCUCUCUCUCUCUGUAUCUCUCUUCAGUGAAGAUGGCGGAGCUCCUCGCCAUCAAGAGGGAGCUGACGGUGAUCAAGGUUCAGAUCGACGGUUUGUUGGACUGUGUGGACAAGAUGGACAGACAGAGGAAGGACAGCACAGGUGAGGACAGGCUGCUUACCUGAAGUGGACUCAGACUGAACCCAAAACCUUCAGCUCAGACCUCCAUUUUGUUCUUGAUGGAGAACCUUAAAUCCAGACCCACCAGCUUCUUAGACCAGUUUUAGUGUUCACAUUGAGAUCGCUUCAGUCCAGACCGUCUGCACCGACACAGAUUUAACGGUGUCGUCAAUAUCAGUCGUCAAAAUCGUCAAUUCACGAUAGCUGAAGAGCAAAAGUGUCACGAAUAUGAUCGUUAAAACUUUUAGGAAUUUUUUUCAGUAAAUAUAGGGUCACAGACAUAAUACUAGACACCAAACAUCUUUUUAACUUUGACUCAUUUCUUUAGCAAAGAGACUAAACACAACUCACCUACUCUCUUCCAGCAGACGCUUGUUCAUACGGAGUUUCGCAGCUCAAGGAAGAACAUUUAUGAUCAUUUCUUUAUCAUUUCCUUGUAGUAAUAAUCAUCAUAUUAAUCAUUUUACAGACGCUGUAGUCCUUCUGUCUUAGCGUCUCGGUCUGAUUGUAUUUCCAUGAAGAAAUGAUCAUAAAUGUUCUUCCUUGAGCUGCGAAACUCCGUAUGAACAAGCGUCUGCUGGAAGAGAGUAGGUGAGUUGUGUUUCGUCUCUUUGCUAAAGAAAUGAGUCAAAGUUAAAAAGAUGUUUGGUGUCUAGUACUAUGUCUGUGACCCUAUAUGUCCUGUUGAUGAAGUUAGGUGCUGUUCUGAGCAUUAUUUGUGGAUAUAGAGUGGCGUUUUGGUUGGGGGCGUGGCUCUCUGUAUUUCUAUCCUGCGGUCGUUACUAAAGUUGGUAUAACUAGAGAAGCAAGCGGUCGACAACAUUCAUCUCUGGAGGGGGGGUCUAACUCGGUGUGUUUGACCCUAAAUUAAUUUGACACCAGAAUAUCCCUUUAAAGUGAGGGAUCUGUUUCUGUCCUUAGAUGUUCUGAAUCACAAUCAGAUCAAAAAAAACAAAAACCUGUAAAAUAGGAUCCAAGUUGGAAAACUGUGUAAUUUCCCUUUAAGUGUUUCCAUAUUUUUAUUCCACCUGAAAGUUUGACUGUCUCUGCAGGGAGGAGAGGAAGUUUUCUAACGUUGAUACAGGAGAAAAAAAAUGAUCUGAAGAAGUAAAGACUGUCAGUGUGUCAUUUUGGAUAAUUUCCUCAUCUUUUUUUAUCCUUAUGAGGAAAUAAAACCCAAACACACACACAGAGCUGGUCGUCAGGGACAAGAUAACUCCUGAGCGCUGAAGGGGAGCUUAUGAAAGGUUAUGGGGCCGCUGUUUAUCGCUGUUUACCUCCCUGUCAUAAUCCACGCUCUGCUGGAGGCAGUUUUGUCAUUGAACCAUUCCUCACAGAUGCAGCCUGAUAGCCGAUCACAUCAGAGGGUAAACAAACCGACUCUCUCUCUCUCUGCGCCGCAGCAGUCCUGAACGUUCGGCCCACAAAUCAGCCGCGUAAAACCCUGAUCAGAUUUAUGAAUGAGGCGGGCGUGUUCUGGAUCACGAUCAUGAUCUGGACUGACCGCUGCUGAGUUUAGUCACAUUUGUGCUGCAAAAUAAUCCUGAUCACGCUUUUCUGCGCCGUCAGAGGGAGUGACGGGAUCAACCAAGUGUGUUCACCUGGAGCCGAGCUUUUGUUUGUGUGGUUCUGAUCCGUUUGUGGUCAGUAGGAGCUGAUGGAUCUAAAGAUCUAAGAGCUAUCUUUGAGGCUGCGGUGUUCUGACACAGCAGGUGUGUGUGUGUGUGUGUGUGUGUGUGUGUGUUUCAGAGUGUCCUCAGAGGGAGCAGAGUGUGCUGGACUCUCCUCACAGAGGUUCGGUCAGCAGUCUGGAGAGAGAAAGUCCAGAACCAGGAGAGGCCAGCGAGGACGAGCCGCUGCACUACCAGCACUACUACCCUCACAGCUCCCCCUACAGGGUAAAUAUAUAACUGUAAUACCUCACAGGUGUCCAUAUACUGGACCCCAGAAGGGUUCCACCUCUAAUUUAAACCACCAGGGGCGUCACUUCUAAUUCUGGGCUCCAAGAACUGAUAUCUGGUGUGGCCCACCACGGCAGCCAAGGCCCCCCCUGCACAACGAUUAUAACCAGAGCUGUGAAACAGUGGCGGCUGCAGGUCUUUCAAGGAGGGGAAGCUCAUUUUUCUGGCCUACAUCAUAAUUGUAUUUGUUUAUUUGUAUGUAACAGAACAGAGUCGCCAAACACAACGGCAGUCGUUUUUAACAAAGACAAAAGUCGCUGAGGAUCGGUAAAGUCUCUGGAGCAGUUAAGAACAACGGAAUGAAUAACUUGGAAAAUGCUCUGGUAGAUGUUUUAUUCUUCAAGAUCGCUGAUUCGCUCGUUUAGCUGUCAAUCAAAAAAGGAUUUCGCCUCAGACAGCUCAUCCAAUCAUGAAUGCAGAAGCUUGGAGUCCGGGAGAAAGUCGGGACCGCCCUCUCGCCAUAGAACUCCAGUGAAGCUGGGCUUCCAUUGGGCGGGACAAAGCCCAGCAUUUAUCCAAUGAGCGUCUAGUUUCGCUGCUGGAACAACCCACUUUGAGCUUCCACAUUGAAGUCAGCAGAAGCCCAGCGUCCGACUGUUUAAAGCGCUGAGGCGCUGCGAGGAUGAAUGAGAACGAAGUUAUGCCGGUUACCUGUGAUUAUCAGCUUCUUAUCACAGUGUCUGAACAAAAGAUGAAGGCUUUCUAGUGCGUAUUUAGUUAAUGAAAUGUACACACAGCAGUACGUAUUUCACCACUUUUUCUUUUUUUGGGGGGGUGACAUUUUAAGGGAAGCCGAGCUUCCCUUGCAGUCUUAGAGCAAUCGCCACUGCUGUGAAGGUGUCGGAUUUCACCUGGAGAUUACUGUGGCCAUGAGAUAUCAUGAAAACAACAUCAUGGGGAUAUUUGACUCUCUACUGCAGUUUGUAUCAUAUUUGAUCUUUUAUAUUUACUUCUAUCAAAUCAAUAUGAUCAAAAAAUUACUAAAAAAAACCCACCUGAAUACAGUCCAAUAAAUGAUAAAAAUGUCCUCUUGUAGUUUAUUAGUUUCCAUAAACUUUUUGGGUUAUUAGUAGUCAGUAAAAAAAACAUUUUCUGGCCAUAAUUUAUGGUUUCAGGCAUCAAAGAGAAUCUGAGAAUGAUGCGACACCGUCUGUUAAACUGAGGAAAAGAACGACAAUAAUGGAACGGUAAAUUAAACUCCUGCUGCGGCGUUCCUCAGGGGUCGAUUCUUAGUCCGUUAUUGUUUUCUAUAUUCAUGCUACUUCCUGGUUCAAUCAUUCUGAAACACUCUGUUGUGUGUUUUUCUGUAUUUAACUGUAUUUUGUUGUUGUCUUUAACGCACUUUGACCUCGUGUGUGCGUGUGUGUGUGUGUGUGUGUGUGUGUGUGUGUGUGUGUGUGUGAGGAUUAUCUUACCUGUGAAGUGAAGCACUUUGUAAACAGAAUCUAUUAUAAAUGUUCAAACUACUGUCACAUACGAACUCCUCAAUGAUCUAUGGACAAACUUCACUUCUUUUCCAUCCUGAUGCUUGAUUUUAAGCUGAUAAUGUUAUACUGCCACCUUGUGGACAGUCUGUUAUGAACAGCAGCUGGAUGAAAAUCUACUUUGAGUCAGUCACUCAUAAAAAGUCAGAAAUAAGUCAUUUAAAAAAGCUGUCAAAACUGGUGAUGACUUCAAAUGUCAAGAAGACUUAGAAAUCACCACGCCGACGGAUUUAUCUUCAGUUUCAAGUCUAAAUAACUUAAAUUCACAGAAAUCGAGGUUUGAAACUCCGUACAGCCAUUAAAUCUCCAGUAAUUCUCUCUGUAUAAUUCAUAAUGAUAAAUGUCAGAUCUUUAAAAACCUUCAUGUAAGAAGCUGAACAUCCACCUGCUCCUCUCUUACCUGUCCAUAUACCCUGACCUCUGUCAUGUUCGUCCUCCUUCUACCACAGAGAAGAAAAAACACUAAAGCUCGCCUCAUUGCUUCGCUCUGCACAGAGCGACACAAAGACCAUUUGCAUAAUCUGCCUUGUACGAUGCGUUUACUGUCGCCUCUCAGGUCUUUUAUUUUUAUUGAAGCAGAUCAGCCGAGCGGGGAAACGGUGAUUUCACUGUUUCUGUUUCUUUACAGGGAAACAUAAUGACAGAGAAUUAGCCUGCAGGCCUCUACCUGACAGAGCGAGGCUGCCUCAUUAAUCUGAGCGAGGCGGAGGACAGACCGGCCCCUCAUCUGUGUGUGUGUGUGUGUAUGUGUGUGUGUGUGUGUGUGUGUCAGAAACAGUGUAUUAGUGAUAACUCAGUAUCAGUAGGAACAGUAGAUCUGUGGUUCCCCUGCAGGAAUAUUUGACUUUAAAGUCUCUUUGUCUUUGUAACACAGAAUCAAAGCUACAGUGAUGAUGAAGAUGAUAGUGAUGAUGAUGAUGAUGAUAAUGAUAAAGACCAUGAUUAUGAUGAUGAAGAUGAUGAUAGUGAUGAUGAUGAUGGUGAUGAUUGUGAUGAUGAAGAUGAUGCUGGUAAUGAUGAUGACAAGGAGAAUAAUGAUGACAAUAAUGAUGACCAUGACGAUGAAGAUGAUGAGGAUUAUGACAAUGAUGAUGAUAAAAAGGAUGAUGAAGAUGAUGGGGACAAAAAUAAUGAUGAUGAAAAUAAUGACACUGACGAUGAUGACUGUGGUGAUGAUGAUGAUGAUGAGGAUGAUGUUGACGACAACAGAGAUGUUGAUGAUGAAUAUGAUGAAAAUGACAAUGAUGACGAUGAUGAUGAAGAUGAUGUUGGUAAUGAUAAUGAGGAGGAGGAGGUUGAUGAUGACAAUGAUGAUGAUGACAAUGAGGAUGAAAACAAGGAUGAUGAUGAUGAUGAUGAUUAUAGUGAUAAUGAUGAUGAUGACGAUGAAGAUAAUGGUGAUGAAAAUGAUACUGAUGAUGACGAUGACCACAAGGAUGAUGAUGAUGAUGAUGAUGAUGAUGAUGAUGAUGAUGAUGAUGAUGAUGAUGAUAUUGACGAUGAUGAUGAUGACGUCAGGUAAAAGCUCCAUCAGGACUAACUGUAGUGUCCUCUGUGUUUCCAGAUAAAGCAGCAUCAGUCUGACCUGGAGGACGACCUGUGAUUCUGCGGACCAGGUCUGGUUCUCAUGGAGGUUUUACACAAAGAAGACGGGUUCUGGUGGUUUCAUGAGUUUUUAACCCUUUAGAGGACAGACUAUCAUGAAGCAGAAACUCACAGUUGUUGAAAGUUCAGCCUCUCUUGUGGUUGUGUUUAUGUUUCCUCCUCUACUCUGACAAAUCAGAGUACUGCAGGAACCCCAUUGGCCGACAGAGCUGUCAAUCAUGAUAUCACGUUCCCUCUUUUGGGUGUCAGCUAAUUCAAACUGAAAUCAAAACUCAUGUGUCAGUUUUCAUGUCUUUGAGAUGGUGACACUCUGGUCUGUUUUUCCAAACUCUUCCAGGAUCAGACUCUUGGAUCAGUUGCAGCAGGGAUAGCAGACGCUUCUUGAGGGUUCACAACAUGAGCUUCAUCGGACGGACUCACCUCGCCCCCCCUGACUCUGUCCCUCAUUGGACCAGUUUGACUUUUUAAUUCUUUGACACAAACUCCUGCUCCUGGACUUCAUCACAGACUCUGGUGCCUCAUGUUUGCAGAAGAGAAAGGAAAGCUUAAGUUCUUCACUCUCAUACGUCCGGCGUUGUGGUUAUGAUCAGUUUGAAGCUGCAUUUUAAUUCUUUAUUUUUAGACGGCACUCUAAAUGAUCUUGGAUUUUUCUAACACCUCCUUUGACGAUCCUGUCAGGAGAAGGUGAAAUAAAUAGUGGUUUUUUUUCUGUUUGGCAGCUUUUUUCUCUCUUUUUUCUCUCUCUUCUGUUUCAUUAAACGUUGCUCAUCAUCCCGUUAAAUCCAUCCGUCACCCUCUCUGUCUGCUUUAUGUAAAUAAAAUCAUGGUGGCAGCAGCUGGUCGCUCCUUAUCACACACUUUAUUCUCAUCAGGCCUGUUGUCAUUAUGUGUACGCAGAUGUGAACAGGCCCUUAUUACUGUAGCGUGUUUAAGGCUGAGUGAACACGCUUAUGACACUGUGGGUAAAUUAGUCAUCAGUUAUUUAUAUUGACUUUGGUAAUUUCCUCAAAUACGUCUCAUAAAUUUGACCUUUUGUGGACAUAAACAGAAAGGUUAUAUCUUUAUUUAAAAAUGAUAAUCAUGCAGCUUAAUUCACCAGCUUUGACCAUCCUGAAUAAACUAAAACACACGAAUCAAACCGAACAGAUUUUGUGUAAAGCUCCAGUCAGGAACUUGUGUCUAUUUUGGCGCCCCCUAGUGGAAAAAGCAGUCUUUGCUUAUCUUAAUUUAUAAUUAAGUCAAAUUUAUAAUUAAUUUUGAUAUUUUUAUGUGAGGAUUUAAAAUCAGUUCAUC